AUGAGUAACCUCCUCUAUUUCGGCAUUGGUGCAAAUUAUCUGGGAAGGGAGCAAGCCAAUGACCUCGACUUCCUGCGCUCCUUGACAAAUGCCACAAAUCUCUAUUAUCUUGGUAGCAUACCUCCCGAAAUUGGAAAUCUCAAAAAACUGAAGGGAUUGCAUCUCGCACAAAAUAUGCUCACCGGAGAGGUCCCGCACACCCUUGGGAAUGUGUCAAUGUUGUUUCACCUGUCCAUGAGCAAAAACAAUCUUCUGGGCACCAUACCUUCCUCUCUGAGCAAGUGUCGGAGCUUAUCAUUUCUAGAUCUUGCAGAUAACAAGCUUGCUGGUGCCAUACCCCCUGAGAUUAUGAGCCUGUCUUCUCUAUCAAUCUAUGCCGAUUUCUCGAUGAACAAUCUAACAGGCGAGCUUCCUGUGGAAAUAGGGAACCUGAAACAUCCUAGCAAAUUACAUCUCUCCGGAAACAAGUUGGCAAUCUGCCUACGAGGAGGAGUUUUUGCAACUAUAAGUGCAACCUCAGUUCUGGAAAAUGAGAAGCUUUGUGGGGGUCCACCUGAAUAUCGGCUACCCAAAUGUAAGUCAACCGCUAGAUCAACUAAUGACAGAGUGAGAAAUGUUUCUAUCUACACAGUGUCGGGGAUUUUGGAAAUAGUGUUUAUGCUCUCGUUACUUUGUUUCCUCUGGCAUAGGAAACAGAGGAAAACAGUCGCUUCUAGCUCCUCAAACGACCUGUUUCUGAAAGUUUCAUAUCAAGACCUACUGAAAGCAACUGAUGGGUUCUCCUCUGCCAAUCUGAUCGGGACCGGUAGUUUUGGAUCAGUGUUUAAAGGGGUUCUUGCUUUGGAUCAGACAACCAUUGCCGUGAAAGUGCUUAAUCUUGAUCGUCAUGCUGCAUCGACGAGCUUCAUUAAAGAGUGCGAUGCCUUGAAAAACAUCAGGCAUCGAAAUCUUGUUAAGGUACUCACGGCAUGUUCGGGCACCGAUUACCAGGGCAAUGACUUCACGGCCUUGGUAUAUGAGUUCAUGGUCAAUGGGAGCUUGGAUGAGUGGCUACAUCCCCGAGUUGGAAUGAGUGUAGAGAGAGAGGUUAUACCGAGGCAAUUAGGUCUUCUCCAGAGGGUGAAUAUUGCCACAGAUGUUGCUUGUGCUUUAGAUUAUCUCCAUCAUCAAUGUGAAACACCCAUGGUGCACUGCGAUCUUAAGCCAAGCAAUGUCCUCAUUGACGGUGAAAUGACUGGGCAUAUAGGUGAUUUUGGGUUGGUCAGGUUCGUGCCAGGAGCUGCUAGGGAGCUGAUUUCUGAGCUGACAAGUUCUAUUGGAGUAAAAGGAUCUCUCGGCUAUAUUGCACCUGGUAAUUAUCCAAACUCUUCCUAACCAUGUUCCUUUACAUUUCCUUGUAUAUCUUUUUCUGUUCAUUGAGCAGAACAUGAAUUGCAGAGGGAUGAAAUAUGCCCAAGAAAUUAUUAUUGUUCAUGAAAGUCGAAGCAUAUAGAUGUCAUAAGGUCUUGAUCGUAUAUGUAAUUAGUAGAUGAAUUCUUAUUGGUGCAAAGUCCGGAGCGGGGGCUGAGGUGUCAACUCAUGGAGAUGUUCACAGCUACGACAUCCUUGUGCUGGAGAUGUUCCCAGGGAAGAGGCCCACCGAUGACAUGUUCAAUGAUGGGCUGAACCUUCAUCUCUUUGCCAAGGCAGCCUUUCCGGAGUGAGUUCUGCAGAUAAUUGACCCUGUCUUGCUUCGGGAGAGUUACGACGAGGAUGAUGGCCGCGACAUCAGGAGAACUCGAAGGAGCCACGACAGGGUCCUUAAAAUUCAAGUGUGUCUGGUCUAGAUAGUGGAAAUAGGAUUGGUCUGUUCUUCCGAAGUUCCAAGUGGUAGGAUGAGCACGAGAGACGUUGCAGCUGCUCUGCAGGCAAUUAGGAAGAAGCUUACCGGAAGCUGAGGAUAUUGAAGACAGUAAAAGAUGCAGUCUAUGUUACAUCUAAAUGAGUGUACUUUCACGUUGUUUUAAGUAUGUAUUUGGUAAGUUGUGAUGUUGUGGUUUGACUCUAAUUCCACUAUUACGUAUGCUUCCUUUUUCUCAUGAGUUGAAUGUUGUGAUGUUGUUUGAUUUCUCAUCGUAGAUUUCUGAUUUUUCUUUUACAAAACAAACUAAAUGUUUAUAAGGAGGGUGUUGAGGUAUUUAAAGGGUACUCUUUCAUAGGGAUUAAGUUCUGUAGAGUCAAGGAGUUCAAGUUGUUGGGAUAUUUUGACAGUGAUUGGGCUGGAUCAGUGGAUGAUAUAAGAAGAACUUCUGGCUAUUGCUUCACAUUUGGAUCAGGAUGCUUUUCGUGGUGUUCAAAGAAGCAAGAGUUAGUGGCUCAAUCAACUGCAGAAACUGAAUUCAUUGCAGCAACUACAGCCGUGAAUCAAGCAAUAUGGCUGGAGAAAGUGAUGAAUGAUCUGCAUCUGCAGCAAGAGAACAACAUAGAGGUGUUUGUGGACAACCAAGUUACUCUGGCCAUUUCACAAAAUCCAGUCUUUCAUGUAGAACAAAGCAUUUCAAAGUUAAGUAUUAUUUCCUGAGGGAAGUGCAGAGAUUAGGUGAAGUGA